CUGGCAUCGGCACCCGAAACGAUGCCCGCGUGCCACGUGCAGUACCCCUGGCGGGGGGCGCUGUACCCGGUGAUGGGCAAGGCGCAGAGCGUUCAGAGCGACAACGCCAGCAAGUUCCCGGUGGCGGCAGGGCUGGCCAGCACGGCACACGGGACGGAUAACAUGCUCGAGAAGCUGCCGGUGGGCACGAUGGCCGGGAUCCUCAGGGUUUCUCUUCGGAAUGGGUUCCGGAGAUACAAGCCGGUGGACAUCAAGCUGCUGCCCAAGUACGUGACUCCUCACAUCGAGCCCGGGAGACUAGACGUCCGCGUGGAUGAGUUCUAUAGCCGGGCCACUCUCGAACAAGUGCACGAGGAGCGGAAGAAGGAGAAGGAGCAGAGAAAAGUGGAGGAAGAGAGGAAACUCGCGGGGAAAGAAGGUGGCGGGGGCGGCAGCGGGCAAAACGACAGGGGCCGAAGGAAUCGGGACGAGGGGUUCGGGGCCGGAGGCAGCCAGCAAGGCCUUCGGGCGAAGCAGGCGCAGCUUGAGCUCGAGAGCGACAUGCAGGGCAGGGAAAAGGUUCUGGGCGAGGAGAACAUCGGCCACAACCUCCUCAAGAAGAUGGGAUGGAGCGAAGGCACCGGCCUCGGCUCGUCAAGAUCAGGCAUGGUGGAACCCAUCUCCGGCUCCGGCCAGAUGGACAAGUCGGGCAUCGGGGGAGGGGACGGCAGCAUCAAGAAGAAGACGGACGCAGCGGAACAGGAUGCCUUCGAGGCCUACCGACGAAACAAGAGCUACUCGUUCCGCAGAUUCUAA